AUGAAUUCGCUGGAGUGUGUAACCGCGCGCUGCCUGUUGGGCAUCUACUGGUGGAUGGGUCUGGUGCCCCUGCCGCUGAGCUCCCAGCUCAUGUGGUUGCUGCUCGCUUUGCUUGUGCGUUGCAUUUGGUUUGCCUACUAUCUGAAGAUGCUUUGGAUCGGUGUCUCUUAUUUUUGGGAUGAUGAUGGACUGAGCAUCAGCUACAUGAGUGGAACGGCUCUUUUCAUAGGCUACUCAUUGCUCGGUCUGCUGAUACAGGUGGAGAGCGCACUUAAGCAUCGAACCUACGAGCGCUUGGACAAUUUGCGAGUUCAGUUGCAACUGCGGAUGCAGCGUCUGGGCAUGUCGCGGGGCUGUCGCCGAGCCUGGAGCCUGCUGCUGCUGCUGGGCACACAGAUCGGCAGCGAUGUGGCCAGGUCCUGGGCCAAUGCACAUUAUAGCAUAUCGCCGGUACACAUUAUCUCCUUGCCCCAGAAGUGGCUGCUGCGCCUACGCUACGUCCAGCUGCUGUGGCAGGUCAUGGAGCUGAACCAGCGUGCCCGCCAGCUGCGCCACUCGCUCCUCGGCCUGGCCGCUGGCAAUGACCUCUGGCAGCCGUACGGCUCUCAGGAAUGGCAGCAGCUGCAGACGCUGCGACUCAGCUAUGACCGCAUCUACGAGUGCUACGAGGCCUUCAGCGACUGUUACGGCUGGGGCAUGCUGGGGCUGCAGAUGAUGUGCGGCCUGGAGUUCGUGUCCAAUGCCUACUGGAUAAUCACGGAGGCCUACAUGUCGCAGCGGAUAUACAUGCUUAUCUACAAUGGCAACACCUGCUUUGCCAUGGGCACGCUUGUUGUAGCGCUCUUCUGGUAUGGCGACGCAAGUGCCAAUAAUAGUCGACAGAUCGGGUGCUUGAUACCCAAGCUAGUGAAUCCCAUGGGCAGCAAGCGCUACAACGAUUUGGUCAGCGAGUUCCUGUUGCAGACUUUGCAUCAACGUUUUGUCGUCACGGCCAAGGACUUUUUCAGCCUCAAUUUGCAUCUGCUGAGCAGUAUGUUUGCCGCUGUGGUUACUUAUCUGGUCAUCCUCAUACAGUUUAUGCUUGCCGAGAAAAGCUCCCAGGCUACACCCAGGCCGGAGAAAAUGACAUCCAAUGACUAA